CAUCUGUAGCUAAUUCGCUUGUCACGAUGUACCAUCUAUAUUAACGAACAGAGAGCUGCCAUUAAAUACAACAUGGCAUCAUUGAAGUCUAUGAUAAAAGUUAAUGUUAUAUUUGGACUAGUUCUGUUGUUUUCGACCACAAUCACCUGGCUAUUCUUACAAAACAGGCCUCUAUUGACAAAACGUUUAAAUGAUUUUAUGACGUCGAUUAGUGUUUACAAUUUCUCUAUUGAAGGAACAAAAGCAAGCACAACUACAAGAACACCAAUCUUACUUUUCAUUGCAAUAUUUUCUGCUCCUUUACGAAGAGAUCGCCGUGAUGCUAUUCGCAAUUCGUGGAUGACGAUAUGUAAAGCAAAUAAAAAAGUUGUUUGUCUCUUCGUUACUGAUGGACUAGAUGAGAAAGGCCAACGAAUAAAGGAAGAGAGCCCUGCCGCAUUACUACACGAGAGAGACGUUUACGAUGAUAUUAUCUUAGCAGAAUCGCCAGCCGGUUUAAAUUUUGGUCGAAGAAUUCUCUGGACAUAUGAAUGGGCGAAUGAGCGUUACAACUUUCAGUAUAUUUUAAGACUUGAUGACGACUAUUUCCUUUGUCUGGACAAGCUACUUAUGGAAUUACAAGAUCAUAGACCAAAGAAAUUAUUUACUUGGGGCUGGCUGCGAUGCCAAGUAAAAGGUCAGAUCUUUUUUGAUGAAUCAUUUAUAAUUUUAACUAAAGAUCUUGUGGAGUCAGUUCUUGAUCGUAAAGACACAAGCCUAUUAUGUCAUAUGUUUGGUGAUCAAAGUAUUGGACUAUGGCUAAAUGAAAUAACAGGAAUAAGAGCCUUUCAUGAUAACGGAAGGCUGCUGAGAGCUGGGCCAAACCUUAUUCGUACGAUUAAAGAGAAAAACACACUAUGCCAGAAUGUAAUUGGUCUACAUUACGCCUAUCCGAGUGUGAUGCCCCUUUUUUGGAAUAUAUCUUCUAAUGAAGAGAAGAAGAACAUGAAUGUACCACCAGUUGUUUUCAAUUGUAGGUUUCCAUAUGGCAUUCAAUUAGAAUCUUAUUCAAUUAUAAAGAAACCAUGGCCUCUUCCAAGACCAUGCAAGGAAAAACCCAUUUUUGGCAAUAUGAAAAUAUUUGCAGGGUCGCAAAGAAAACGGGAAAAAAUAUGAUCGAAUUUCUAAAUUUCUAUAAAAAAAGUGGAGGAAAAUAAAUUUCGUUAUUCAUUCAAAUAAAAUUAAUAUUUUUCAGUUGACUAUGACUUUUUUCUUACCAUCAUUUGCAGAUUUAAAUGACAUGAAAAAGUGAACUUUAAAAAGUACGCAAGUAAGAAAAUUGGCUAUAAAUUACAAAAAUAAGUAGAGAUGUAGUCACCUUUUACCUUAACCACUUCCAAAAACCAACUGGCCAAAUAAAGAUAAAUAUGAACUGUG